AUGGUAAGACCAAUCAUUUGAACACACAAUUACAUUAAUAAAAGCAUAAUAAACAACAAGUUUGUAUAGGGUUACAUUUGCAACUUUAUAUUUGGAUGGGCAAUUAAGAUUAUUAAUUAGCCUAAUUUGGAAAUAAUUUAUUUGAAAAUCAUUUUGACAAUGUAUUGUCUCUUGCAGUCAUAUGUUUACCAUUUCCUAAAGUGUAAGGUAUAAGACAUGAUUAAAACAGUAGUCGUUUCCUUAGACCAAAAAAUCACUAAAUUGUUUAAUUAACCAAAUAAUAUGUAAGUAUUUAUAGCAGUAUUUCUGGAGCAUGACUUUAGGAAAGUUAUGCAUGGUCAGUUGGCGCAGGCUCGAUAGGCUAUGGGUUUAUUGGUGCUUAUCGGGUAGAUACCGAGUAUCAGACUGUCACACAACCUAAAAGGUCAGCAAGACUGCCCGGGUGCGGAUUGUGUUUAGGCGACAAAUUCCGUCGGAUUGUGUUUCCGUAAACCAUAUACAGGGGGGUAAUGUGUUGAGCCUUAAAUAGCAUGGCAAAUUUGUCAGUAUGCCUAUAGGCUAAGGCUAACCCCUUUGUGUGGAUAUCUUUGUGAAUGUCAAUAAAACAGAAAUACACUAAUCUGAUAGCCAAUAACAUCACUGUUACCCAAAAAAUAUUAUAGAUAGUUAGAAUAGUGACAAUUUGAGAAAUUGUCACUACUACUAUGACCUGGCAAAUGUGGCGCUGUUUUUCCUCUAGACUGAUGCGCAACAGGAGGCCCGCUCAUUCUUGAGCGAGGAGAUGCUUAACGGUGAGUAGGACCAUAGCAAAACCAUGUUGUCGUUAAUUAAUACAUUAAAUGUGCCAGGUCUAAUGAAUACAAUAAUUAGUGUCCAGAACCGUAUCAUCCUUCCAGAGUUCAAGGCUGCCUUCGACAUGUUCGACACAGACGGUGGCGGUGAUAUCAGCACCAAGGAGUUGGGUCAGGUCAUGAGGAUGUUGGGCCAGAACCCGACAAGAGAGGAGUUGGAUGAAAUCAUUGAGGAGGUCGAUGAGGAUGGUGAGCAACGGCUGAAUAUAAAAUAUUAUCAAUAUUAACCUACAUAAAUAUAUGUAAGCUAUAUACCUUCAAUGGCAUGCGCAAAGUUUGGCGCGUAAUUAGGCUACUUAUGGGUAAUUUAUGCCCAUGUUAUGCUCAGGUGACCUGUGUAUGAUACAUACCUGUUCACAUUGCUGUAUUUACCUGUUGUAUUCGAGCGUGAUGCAUAAUCUAUUGGAACCUUCACCUCAGGCAGCGGCACCAUCGACUUCGAGGAGUUCUUGGUCAUGAUGGUGAGGCUCUUAAAGGAGGACCAGGCCGGAAAGUCUGAGGAAGAGUUGGCUGAAUGUUUCCGUGUGUUCGACAAGUAUGUCACCUGUUUUAGGGAGAAGGGGUUACGUUUUACAGUUUACCUUGUGUACAAUUACAGUCAGCGUUCAUAUGUCGACAGGUUGUUAAACUUCCUCCAAUGUGUGUUGCUUACGCAGGAAUGCCGACGGCUACAUCGACAGAGAAGAGUUCGCCAUCAUCAUCCGCAGCUCUGGCGAGCAAAUCUCAGAGGAGGAGAUCGAUGAGCUGCUGAAGGAUGGAGACAAGAACGCUGACGGCAUGCUGGACUUUGAUGGUAUGACAAAGCCACGAUGCCUUUGAUAAUAAUAAUGAUGAUGCUGAUUGGACAAUUAGCCUACAUAUUGACCUGCAUUUUCAUAAUGGAUUUUAGGCCUGUUAUUGACCAUGAAUUACAUCACCAUGAUUUAAACUUUCAUUUUCAUAAUGGAUUUGUCACUCUUUUUCAGAAUUCCUCAAGAUGAUGGAAAAUGUGCAGUAAAAGAGAGACUCAAGGACAUUCCUCCUCCCUUUGACCCCCUGCUGACCUAUUCUGAUCCAUUUUUGACCCACUCCAACUCUCCCUCAACCUUCGCCCCUUGCCUAUGUCAUCCACCUCGAUUAAACUAAACCUCUUCAACAUAGGUGGGGGUAACCAGGGCUUUUGAGCCCUUCUUGCUUGUGAUUGCAACGCCCCAUUGACGCCAAGCUGCUGCUGUUCCCCCAAAUCAGGAGGGAAAAGCCGGGAUGUGAAAUUCACUGCAACUUCACAGAAUGGGUCAGUGGAUCACUUACCACCUCAACACCCUCAAGCUGGGAGUUCAGUCUAGAUGUAGUCUAGAUGGGCAGCUUGUGAUCGCUGCUUAGACCAAGGCCAACUGUAACCACUUCACUGUAAUAAACUAUUGCUUGAACCGAGAUAAUAAAUGAAUAAACAAAUGCUCACUGGUAGUUGGUGUGACAUAAUCAUGGUCUGUACGCUAUUGUUUUGAGGAAUAUCAAUAAAAUUAUUAUUUUCUUUUUCAAUUUUUAUUUGACCCACACAGCCAUCUGGUCUUUAUUGAUGUACAGUCUGUGUUACUGUUGUGGACCAUAAGGCAUAACAGAUUAGAUAGCAGUA